CUUUAGUCCCCACUAAGGGUGAUGAGCUGUCCCUAGAUACAGCACAAUUUAUGAGUGCCUCACAAAUACAAGAUCUUAUAGAUAGAUCUGUACAGACGGCCCUGGCCUCGGCCAUUAUGCCCUCUGGAUCACAACCAACUUUAUCUUUUACCCCUAUACCGCUGCCCCGCAGCGAUGAGCCGCCUAUUAAAAAAGGGAAAGCUUCACACAAGCGGAAGCAUACUGUUACGGCUCCUGACUCCCCGGCAGGGGAAGUAAACAAUGUGCUCCAGGCAGGUUCCACCAUGGACUGCCACCCCAUGCAAUCCUCAGACUCCAAUCGACCCCUGGGCCUCAGGGAGUUACCAAGGAGGCAGAAGUCCGCCAGGCGGACAAAACCCGACUCUUAUGUAGAAUCUUCAGAUGAGGAAUCGGAAGCCGAAUCGGGUGAGACUGACGUCUCUGAGUCUGACUAUGCCGAUGAGGAUGCUGGGACAUUGACGCUCAACACUGAUGCCAACCCUGCUACGCAGGACGAAAUCAUCCUAGAUGCUCUAGGUGAACCGUUAUUCCACCCAGACGCGAUAUCCCAUCCUCGCUCUGGGGAUUGGACUCCGUUACCCCACGUAUCCCAGUACGUGGAAUUCUGGGCACGAAGGUCCCUUGAGAGGACCAAUCGAAAUAAAUUAAGGGCGGAAUGCCCCAGACCUUUUAUACCCAAGAAAGUGGUUACUACCCCUGAGGUAGACCCUAUUCUAUCAAAAUACUUAGCAAAGUCUGGCAAGUUUCCCAAGAAAGGGAUUGAGAGGUCCUUUAAGACCAUACAGGACCGCGUUCUGGACCUCCUCGGUCCGCUUACGAAGAUUCUGAAUUUAGCGGAGCAGGCGGCAGCAACAAAUCAACCUGUCGACCUGGUCCAACUUCGUGGAUGGGCUCAAAGGGCCAUUUGUCUAGUGGGCAGCGCCAACACUGCAUGCUCUACUGAGCGCAGACGCUCCAUCCUCAUGCGGCUUGAUCCGCAAUUGGCUCAUUUAGCCGAGACCGAGCCAGGUCCAUCGGCAGAAGGUAGGCUGUUUGGCGACACCCUAGUGAAAGAUAUCAACAAGUUUGUGGGGCUAUUCAACAGCCUUGAUAAAGCCCAAACCUCGCUGAAAAAAUCUGGAGCAAGCAAGAUUUUUCCCCGGGCCGGCAGAAGUAGGGGCCGUUCUGCCGGCCGUAACUCUACCUACAGACCUUACGCUAGGGCAACCGCCCCACCUCAAUAUCCUCAGGCUCCCCCUCCAUACUCCGCUCCAAUGGCGCAGCCAGCACCGUUUUUCCCACCCCGUGGUAGACCGUGGCGUGGACGAGGAAGCAGAGGCUACCCCCGAUCCCGUCCAUAUACUGGAUAUUGAACGUACUGACCGUUUUCCUGAAGACGGCUGACCCGUUGGUUGCAAGUUGUUGGGUUCUCUACAGUCUCCGUUGAGACGAGGUUAGACCUUCGUUUGACCGUUUUCUCCAGCUGAUAACUCCGGACGCUGAGGUUUCGGAAGGCUGGCUGUGGAUUCGCAUGGCGAUGGAGAUGUUCACAUGGAAUUCGUUUUGCCUGUGCGGUUCGAGUCGCAUGAAGAAAGAGGAGGAUCCUUCCAUGGGCAGUCCUUUAUAUAGGGCCCACAGACUGGGAGUGGCUACCGUGGCCCUAGGACUGCUGGGAGUUGUAGUUUUGAAAGUUUUUUCAUUUACAUUGAAAUUGAUUACUGGAUUUUUCUGCUAUGGGCAUUAUUAA